CUUUUUAUUUUGACCAAAUUUUUAGUUUGUUUGCGUUUGUUUCAUUUCCCUUAAUAGUGAUUCAAGUAAGUGCGUCUCCAACCGACUUAUUCAAAUAUAGGCUGCUGUACUUUAUUCCCUCCCUCGCUAGUUGUUGCUUGCUUUCUUUAACAUUGAUGUUUACUUCAAUCUAACCGCAAUCUAGUCAUGGAUAAUAAUACAAACUUUUAUUUGUCGGACAUGGAGGAUGAUUGUGAACUGUAUGGCAUGGUUGAGAUCGAUCAGCUGCGCUCCGUGUGGAAGGCUCGAAGGUUCUCGAUUCUGGCACACAAAUCGAUUGUGUCGAGCGGUCUGCUGCCGUCGAUCUUUGAUUGGCAGCUCAUCUGGCAACUGAUGCCUGCAGAGCAGGCGCACGCCGAGAUGAUGCUGCAGCAGCGCAUCAAUGAUCUGGAGCUGAUGAACAGUCUGACCACAUCGCUGCAGCACAUCUACAUUUUGCCGGAGAUCGGUAUCGACGUGGACGUGAUGAGGGGUCGACCCAGUUACAAUGUCUUUGUGCAGGAUGAUGGCAGCAUUAUGGUCAAGGAGCGGCGAAGCCUGUAUGUACAUGUUUUUGCCACCGAGACACGGGUAGCUGCCGGACAGGAAUACCUCAUGGAUACACUCAGUUUGUUGGCAAUGCAGCAAACAACAAAUCAGCAAGAUUCACAGAUUACCGAUACUGAAAACACUUUGCUCUAUACGGAUGGGACGAUCAAAGAGCCCACACAACUGACUAAUUCGCAGGACCCGUCCGGAUCUGAGGAGAUGACAGAGCCCAACAUCACAUCGUCAAACGAUGUUGAACAUUCAGAAGAAGAAGAAGAAGAAGAAUAUGAUGCUCCUACCAACGAGGGUAUGAAUCGAAUUGAAGAGCUCAAUAAUAUCCGGGAUAGACGAAUUCUUUCAUUAUUUUUACGUUUCUGCGACUGGUUCUGCCAAAUCGUUUCACGUCUCAGGCAAUAGCCAAUGAACACAAUCAACUCCAAAAACACCAAGUUAACAAUAGACACGACACUCACUUACCGAAAAACAUCCGCCUGCUGCUGUUUGCGACUCCAAUUCGAUUUCACUAUCGAAAUACACGAAUACGUCUCAACCGAUUCCCACAAAUGACACUCCAGACUCUUCUCACGCCAUCACUUAAUGUACCAUUGCAUGGCAAACUAUUGUUCCUUGUAUAUAAUAAAGAGA